GCUACUAACACUAGCUGGAAUUGGUCAGAGCAGAACGCGACGUUACACCGGACGAACGUGUCAGAAAUUUUGAACGCCGAAUUUUCGCCGUCGAUUGUUUUUCCCGCGUUUAAAUAUCGAACUCGUUUCGAGAAUCGAAAAUAAUUUGAGUGUAUUUGUGUGACUAUUCGAAAUUUAAAAAUGGACGGGUGCGGAAUGAGCUGCAUCAAGUACCUGUUGGUCGUCUUUAACGGCUUGUUUAUGAUCUUCGGCAUCGUGAUAAUAGCAGCAGCAUGUGUGGACAUGGGCAUGAUCAAAGGCUUUGCUGGCAUGGAGCCAACUGGUCACGAAACAGACGCUGUGCUCAUCGCCAUUGGAGUCCUGAUCAUCAUCAUUGCUGCUUUUGGAUGCUUUGGCGCUUGGAAGGAAAGCCCGAAGUUGCUUUAUAUUUUUGCCGGCUGUCUGAUCGUGAUCAUCCUUCUGGAGCUGUCGGUGGGUAUAGCUGCAGCAGCACUACGUCCACAGAUCGAAGGCUCGAUGAAGACCCAGCUGCGUGCCUCCUUCAUCAAGAACAAGUCCACGAAGGAAGAGGAUUCCACAUAUGUUGAAUUCUGGGACCGCAUUCAGAGCACUCUCCAAUGCUGUGGAGUUACUGGCCCGGACAACUAUGGAUCCUCUGAACCUCGCCUGAACCCAUCCUUCAGCUGCUGCCCUCAGACCUCGGAUGUCCAGAACACUGCUCGCGCUAACUGCAUCAGCCAGGCGACAUAUUACACUGAGGGAUGCGAGGAUAAGAUCCUCAUGACCGUCCACAGCGCUGGGUUGACGGUUAUUGUUUGCGGCAUCCUGUUUUGCUUCUUGGAGAUUGCAGGAAUCAUUCUCGCCUUGUGGCUGGCCCAUGCUAUAAAAACCGAAGGCAAGAGUCGGGACUCCGCUUAAAUAGUCUAGAUCCAGACUCAAUUAGUAUUCAAGGGUUUAAAUCGAUGGACUAAAUUGACCGUGGUCCUGAAUACGCUAUAAGACGUGAUUGUAAUGUGAAAUCAAGAAAAUCACCUAGAGAUUUUAAUGGUAUCUUUAAAAACGAGAAGACUUAACGAACUUGAAAAUUUUUUUCCGAAAUAUCGUUUAUUCGAAUUUUCAUUACACCGAAAAUCGAAUUAUAACGAAACAGUUGUUCUUUCAGGAUAUGUUGAAUGUUUA